ACAGGAAGUGAGCAAAAAACAAACUACAUUUUAAUCUUGCGUUCAGCAGAAACACAAAAAUAAAUCCUCAGCAAACUCAUCAUAUUCUGGCCAUUUUUUGAGAUUAUAGACCUUAGAUUUACGAUAUGGAGUUAAAACAAAUGACUGUCAUAAGGGCGUUUUGUAUUUUAAGAGUAGUCAUGGAUUCGACUGUGUAACUGAGCGGGUUUUUUUUUUUUUUUUUUUAUACCAGCUAGUACGUAACAAGACAAAGGCUGUAGCUACGAUUAUGUUGUCGAUUUAGAAAACGUUUCAGGCUUAAUGCUACUUAUAUUCUCCUUGUAGUACGAAUGAAAAUAGUUCGUAUGGAAAGACGCAUUGUGAAAUUAUACCAAUUAGCCAUCACUGACCUCUCAAAUCCAACAAUCCAAGACUGCGCUUUCAAGAGUUCAAUUACUUACACUUAACAUAGACACGAGUUUCAAUCGAUGAGUUGUAGGACCAGUUCGACUCGAACAGACACUGAAGGAGACGUGUUCCCGGUCUGCCACCGGGGGCGGGUCAGGUAUCUGCGAGUUUAAAAGGUUGUGCGUUCCUGUAGUGUUGAAAGUUUUACGCCAUGUGCAAGGAGAAUAAACACGUCUUAUAUGUGAUUUUUUUUAAAAUUCUGGAUAUUACUUUUUUAACGUGUUCAUUACCUUCACUUUGGACCACCGUGGCUUUUACUUAGAUGAAGAAAAACUAUAAGAACUUCUUUUCAAGUCUCACUCUCACUUCACCCAACUUAGUAGGAUCCAGACGACCAAUCGGUAUAUAUCCUUGGACUUUAAAUAGCUUUUCCAGAGUUUAUUGCUGUCGUUUUUGUCACCAUGGAGAGAUGCAAAGGAUACUCCCAGUUGUACGAGCACGCACACCCGUUUGUUCACGAAGUGAAACAAUCUACAGCGCUGAAAAUUCGGGGUGUCCUCCUGGGCUUGGUCUUGUUCCCCAUUCGCAUCACUCUCACCAUCCUCUUCUUCCUGCUGAUGUGGCCAAUAGCCCGGCUCCGAUUGGCUGGGCUCUCGGACACCGACCGAGCGCGGCCCGUGGAUGGAUGGCGACGGUGGCUGUUCCAUCCCAUUAUGCUCUUCCUGAGCCGAGCCGUGUUCUUCUCUAUGGGUUUCUUGUGGAUAAAGGUCAAAGGUCGUCAGGCAGGGCAAAAUGAGGCAGCAGUGUUGGCUGUAGCACCGCACAGUGGUUUCUUGGACAUGCUGGUGCUAUGUGUUGCGGGUCUGCCUACAGUGGUAUCACGCUCGGAGAACACCAAGCUACCAGUUAUAGGAGCUCUGCUGGAGUUUAACCAGUCGGUACUGGUGAGCAGGAAAGAUCCUGAGUCUAGGAGAAAGUGUGUGUCUCAGAUCAAAGAGAGACUCACUUCCAACGGUUACUGGCCUCAGAUGCUUAUGUUCCCAGAGGGGACCACCACUAAUGGUCAAGCUCUGAUCAAGUUUAAACCUGGUGCUUUCUUGGCUGGAGUUCCAGUUCAGCCAGUGUUGCUUCGUUAUCCUAACAGAGUGGACACCGUCCGCUGGACCUGGAAAGGCAUCUCAUGGCUUCAGUGUCUAUGGUACACUGCCUCUCAACUCUACAGCAAUGUUACUGUGGAGUUCCUGCCUGUCUACAUGCCUUCCUUGGAAGAAAAGGUUAACCCCGACCUAUAUGCAGACAAUGUGCAGAAACUCAUGGCUAAAACCCUGGGAGUACCAGCCACAAGCUAUGUUAUGGAGGGUUCUUUCCCAGUCACAAAGUUAGGUGGUCUGUCGCUUCCUCUGGAACCCCCUGCUGGGGAAACGCUCAAAAUGCUCAGGUGUCAAGGUUUUAGCACUGUUCAAAUCAAGGCGGUGAUAAACACUAUGAUUGACUACUGUCAUUCAGGACAAAGUAUCACCAUAACUGUUGAUCACUUAACCUCCCUGCUGGGACUGACAGACAAGCACACUGCAGUGAAAAUCUGUUCCCUCUACUCCAAGAAUGACAUGUUGGAUCUGAGACAGUUUUGUUUGAGUGUGUGUGUUGCGGCCAGACUCAGGGAUCCAGUGUCUCUCCUUCACACUACAUUCACGCUGUAUGAUAGUGAUGGCGAUGGUUUGCUAAGUGCAGCAGACCUCUCUAACCUGAUGGGGGCACUGGUGGGUAUACCUCAGUACAAUGUUGGUGAAAUCUACUCUGAGCUGACCUCUAAGGGGCAGGGCACGGAAGCUGCAUUGUAUGAUUUGCUGACAACUCACCCUACCUUUAAGAUGAUCCUCAAUGAGUACUUCCAGUGUGGAUGCGUGGAACCAGUCAUGGCUGAUGGAAAUCACAAUGGCAUUCAAAAUGGAAAGACCAUUCACAACAAUGGCAUUUCUAAUGGAAACGGAGUGACGCAUACGAAGUUUCACUGAAGACUAGAAGCUAAUAUCAAACUUUUUAGGAUUAUGUGACUGGUGGGUGACUACUGCUAUAGGAUGACAAACAUAUAUGAACUAUACAGAAUAUUCAUGUAGCCACUUAAAGUGUUUCAUGUUGGGGUGUGGUUGUAUGUGUUGUAAAGUACACUGCAUGAAGGGUAUAAAGUUUACAGGUCUGUGUGAUGGUGUCUUACUUGCUUCAGUUCCUCUGUUUUCUUCAUAAUGCACCACUAUAACAAUGUUUUUCUGUCAUGAAUGUUAGUCCCUUGG